GUUUUGCAAUCCACGCAACCACUUAUCGUCUAUUUUCCCGACUUGUCCCAGUGGAUGUCCAGAGCUGUACCUAAGUCAAAACGAAAUGAGUUUGUAGACAAAGUUCAGGAAAUGUUUGAUAAACUGUCAGGUCCUGUUGUUAUGAUCUGUGGACGGAACAAGAUUGAAACAGGCUCAAAAGAGAGAGAGAAAUUUACGAUGAUACUCCCAAACUUUGGCCGUCUUGCGAAACUGCCCCUUCCGUUGAAGCGUCUCACUGAGGGACUCACGGGAAGGAAAACAUCAGAGGAUAAUGAUAUAUACAAACUCUUCACUAAUGUUAUGAGCCUACUCCCUCCAAAGGAAGAAGAUAACCUCGUAGUAUUCAACAAACAACUUGGAGAAGAUAGAAGAAUUGUGAUAUCACGGAGCAAUUUGAAUGAGCUACUUAAGGUGCUUGAGGAAAACGAGUUAUUAUGCACAGACUUGUACCAAGUGAACACCGAUGGCGUGAUAUUGACAAAGCAAAGAGCGGAGAAAGUUAUUGGCUGGGCCAGAAACCACUAUUUAUCUACUUGUCCUAGCCCAUCGGUUAAAGAAGGCCGCCUGAUUCUGCCCCGUGAAAGCAUUGAGAUUUCAGUUAAAAGGUUACAAGCACAAGAAGAUAUUUCUCGAAAGCCCUCACAUAACUUGAAGAAUAUUGCAAAGGAUGAGUAUGAAACCAAUUUUGUGUCAGCUGUGGUUGCUCCUGGAGAAAUCGGGGUCAAGUUUGACGACGUUGGUGCUCUUGAACAUGUAAAGAAGACAUUAAAUGAGUUGGUCAUUCUUCCCAUGAGAAGGCCAGAGCUUUUCACCCGUGGAAAUCUCUUGCGGCCGUGUAAAGGUAUAUUGCUUUUUGGUCCUCCUGGUACGGGUAAAACGCUACUCGCCAAGGCGCUUGCAACAGAAGCAGGGGCAAACUUUAUUAGCAUAACUGGCUCAACGCUUACCUCAAAGUGGUUUGGAGAUGCAGAGAAGCUCACAAAGGCUUUAUUCUCCUUUGCAAGCAAACUAGCGCCUGUAAUUAUAUUUGUUGAUGAGGUUGACAGUUUGUUGGGUGCGCGUGGAGGUGCUUUUGAGCACGAGGCAACCCGGAGAAUGAGAAACGAGUUUAUGGCAGCUUGGGAUGGACUCAGGUCAAAAGAUAGCCAAAGAAUACUCAUUCUCGGUGCCACCAACCGACCUUUUGAUCUUGAUGAUGCUGUCAUUCGUCGGCUACCAAGACGGAUAUAUGUAGAUUUACCAGAUGCGGAAAAUAGGUUGAAGAUAUUGAAGAUAUUUCUUACUCCAGAAAAUCUUGAAACUGGUUUCGAGUUUGAUAAACUUGCAAAGGAAACCGAAGGAUACUCAGGAAGCGAUCUCAAGAAUCUAUGCAUAGCUGCUGCAUACAGACCUGUUCAAGAAUUGUUACAAGAAGAAAACAAGGGUUCGGUAGCAAAUGCAGCUCCUGAUCUACGGCCUCUGAGUUUGGACGACUUCAUUCAAUCAAAAGCUAAGGUAAGUCCGUCAGUGGCGUAUGAUGCAACAACAAUGAACGAAUUGAGAAAAUGGAACGAGCAAUACGGUGAAGGGGGGACCCGAACUAAGUCUCCUUUUGGCUUCUAAAACCAGUUUUGUUAGAUUCAAUCUCUCUUUUUUACCAACAAACAACCCAUUAAUUUUGCUUCAUGUCCUAACAAUAAAAAGUUACUAUUAAAUCAUUUAUAAAUGAGAGAAAAAAAAAGCCAAUUUACAAUCCUCAUUUGCU